GCGCUACCUAAUUUAGCAACAGAUAGCUCGUAUCAGGGAAUACAGAUCUGGUUGGCUGCAACUAUGGAGUCCGGAAAUACAGGGAGAGGAGGCUGGAACAACAAGUUCCGGCCAGCCCAGAAGAACAGGAUGAGUGUGAACAUUCUCCGUCAGGAGGAGCUGAUCGCCCAGAAGAAGCGGGAGAUCGAGGCUAAGAUGGCAGAGCAGGCCAAGAAAAAGAGCCUUCAGACUCCCAACAAGCCACUGCCACCAAGUUUACAGGGACACUCUUCGAACAACAACAAGUAUGUGAACGAUGGAAGCUUCUUGCAGCAGUUUAUGAAGCUUCAGAAGGACAAACCCAGCUCUGACUCUGGCUCCAGUAGUGACACCAAAGCCCCGUCAUCAUCCACCCCCAGUCCGUCGUCAGGAGUGUCUCAGCCCCAGAUGAAGAGCAUUCUCAUCGGCAAGCGCCCCGGUCUAGGGAUCAGCAGCAUGCUGAACCAGUUUAAGAACUACUCCCAGUCCAAGAAGAACCCACUUCGCCCCCAAAGACCUAGCAUAUUCAGCUCCCCAGAUGAAGAUGAUGAUGAUGAUGAUGAUGAGGAAGUUGAUGACUCAAGCUUCCUAGAAAUCAAAGUCUUUCCCCCAGAAGACUCAGACACACGACUUAUUCUGGACAAGAUGGCGGCCUUUGUGGCUGAGGGAGGGCCUGAGCUAGAGAGGAAGGCCAAAGAGGACUACAAGGACAACCCUGUUUUCUCAUUCUUGUAUGAUAAUAACAGCCGGGAUUAUCUUUAUUACCGAAAGAGAGUUGCUGAACUCCGAAAGGAUCACUCAAAACAUGAGACGCCAUCACGUUCUCAUGUCUCCCCCCCAGUGGACGAGGAGACACAGAGGGUGGCUGAGAAGCUGGCCAUGUUUGUGGCCGAUGGUGGCCCCGAGGUGGAAGCCAUCGCCGCCCAGCACAACCAGGAAAACCCCACCUUCAGUUUUCUAUAUGACCUCCAAAGCCCCGCCCACCGCUUCUACAAGGAGAAGGUGGAGGAGUACCGCCAGGCCAAAAAUGCCCAGAGCCCCCCUCCAAUGAUUAAGCAGGAGCCUGGCGUGGAGCUCAAGAGACUGGCCGCCCCUCCCCUGAUCUAUCCUCUCCCUCCUCCGCCCCCUCACUACCCCUACCUGGUGGGUCAAGUAAAGCUGGAGCCGGGUCUGGGGAUAAAACAGGAAGUGUCAGGUCCGCCCGUGGUGAAGAGGAAGAGGAAGAGCCGCUGGGGGUCGGAGGAUGACAAGGUGGAUCUGUCACUGCAACCCAUCAUCAUCCCCAAGGAGGAGGAGCCAGAGCCCAGCCCGUGUCUCUCUGUUAAUGAACUGAGGGAUCUGGGCUAUAAGAAGGGAAAGCCUAUGGGCCUGGUGGGAGUGACUGAGCUCUCAGAUGACCAGAAGAAACAGCUCAAAGAGCAACAGGAGAUGCAGGAGAUGUUUGACAUGAUCAUGAAGCAUAAGCGUGCGAUGGCGGAGAUGCAGGUGAUGUGGGAGAAGGCGGUGCAGGACCACUCCCACGAGUACGACAGUGACGAGGAGGUGGACCAGCAGGCUGGCACCUGGGAGCACCGCCUCCGGCACAUGGAGAUGGAGAAAACACGUGAGUGGGCGGAGUCGCUGACUGACAUGGGAAAGGGGAAGCACUUCAUUGGUGACUUCCUACCUCCGGAGGAGCUGGAGAAGUUUAUGGAGACCUUCAAGGCACUCAAGGAGGGCCGUGACCCAGACUAUUCGGAGUAUAAGGAGUUUAAGCUGACGGUGGAGAACCUUGGUUUCCAGAUGCUCAUGAAGAUGGGCUGGAAGGAGGGCGAUGGGCUUGGCUCUGGCGGACAGGGCAUCAAGACUCCGGUCCACAGGGGAACCACAGCUGUUGACGGGGCAGGGUUUGGCGUGGACCGGCCCUCUGUGCUCUCAGGACAGGACGAUGAGUAUGAUGCUUUCAGAAAGAGGAUGAUGCUGGCCUACCGCUUCAGGCCCAACCCACUGAACAACCCGAGGAGGCCAUACUACUGAAGAAGAGGUCUGAAGCUUGGCUGACUUCGUCAACUUUUCAUUUUUUAAACAACCAACAGUGGUGUAUUGAUUUCUCUUUGUUGUGGAAACAAACUGUAGGACACUCAGUUCAAGUAAUCUCCUCUAGAUUGUGUGGAAUUGUAUGGUUGGUGAUAAACUGUUUAGGCUGGAGAUUAAGGAUGGAUUUGUCUGAUCUAAAGUUGAUGUUCUUACUGAACUGCAGAAUGAAAGUUUUCUAUUUGAUCAAUCGGACGGCUAGGGUAGCGUUGUGAUGGCUCGCUCUCAUGAUCUGAUUUCACAGUCACGACUCAUAACACAGAACAACCUACACGCACACACAUACAUAAAUAGUGGUGGGAUAAGUACCCGAUUGUCAUACUUGAGUAAAAGUAAAGAUACCUUAAUAGAAAAGGACUGAAGUGAAAUUCACCCAGUAAAAUACUAGAAGCGUAAAAGUCUAAAAAGUAUUUGGUUUUAUAUAUACUUCAGUAAAUGUAAUUGCUAAAGUAAUGUAAUUGUUUUUUUUUUACGAGUAGCCAGGGGCACACUCCAACACUCAAGACAUAAUUCACAAACAAUGCAUGUCUGUUUAGUGAGUCCAUCAGAUCAGAGGCAGAAGGGAAGACCAGGGAUGUUCUCUUGGUAAGUGUGAAUUUCACAAUGUUCCUGUCCUGCUUGCUAAGCAUUCAAAAUGUAAUGAGUACUUUUGGGUGUCAUGAAGACUAUGGAGUAAAAAGUACAUUAUUUUAUUUAAGAAUGUAGUAAAAGUUGUCAGAAAUAUAUAUAUAUAUAUAUAAGUACUUUACACAACUACACAAACAAUUUGAAUGAAGAUUUUUUUUAAAUCAGUUUGAAGGUAAUGAAUGGCUUUGAAAUGAGUUAUUUCUGUACAUGGUUUUGCUAUGGUUGUACAUCGUAAAUGCAACAAAUGUAAAAUGCUUCACUGCAAACAAUAAAAAUAUAUACACUGAACAAAACUAUAAAUGCAACAGGCAACAAUUUCAAAGAUUUUACUGAGUUACAAUUGAUCAGUUAAUUGAAAUAAAUGCAUUAGGCCCUAUUGGAUGGAUUUCACAUGACUGGGAAUACAGAUAUGCAUCUGUUGGUCACAGAUACCUUAAAAAAAAGAUAGGGGUGUGGAUGAGAACCAGUCAGUAUCUGGUGUGACCACCAUUCAUUCGACUCAUGCAGCGACACAUCUCUUUCGCAUAGAGUUGCUCAGGCUGUUGAUUGUUGAAUAUUGUCCCACUCUUCAAUGGCUGUGCGAAGUUGAUGGAUAUUGGCGGGAACUGGAACACCCUGCCGUACACGUCGAUCCAGCGCAUCCCAAACAUGCUCAAUGGGUGGCAUUUCUGGUAUGGAUGUCGGCCAUGGAAGAAGUGAGACAUUUUCGGCUUCCAGGAAUUUUGUGCAGAUCCUUGUGACAUGAGGUUGUGCAUUAUGCUGAAACAUGAGGUGAUGGCACGACGUUGGUCCUCAGGAUCUCAUAACGCUAUCUCUGCAUUCAAAUUGCCAUUGAUAAAAUAGAAUUGUGUUCGUUGUCCAUAGUUUAUGCCUGCCAAUACCAUAACCCCAUCAACACCAUGGGGCACUCUUCACAACAUUGACAUCAGCAAACCGCUCGUCCAUACGACGCCAUGCACAACAUCUGCGGUUGUGAGGCCAGUUGGACAUACUGCCAAAUUCUCUAAAACAAUGUCGGAGGCGGCUUAUGGUAGAUAGAUUCAUAUUAAAUUGUCUGGCAACAGCUCAGGUGGACAUUACUGCAGUCAGCAUGCCAAUUGCAUGCUCCCUCAAGACAUGAGACAUCUGUGGUGUUGUGUGACAAAAAGUGGCCUUUUAUUGGCCCCAGCAUAAGGUGCACCUGUGUAAUGAUCACGCUGUUUAAACUGCUUCUUGAUAUUCCACACCUGUCAAGUGGAUGGAUUAUCUUGGCAAAGGAAAAAUGCUCACUAACAGGGAUGAAAACAUUUGUGCACAAAAUUUAAGAAAAAUAAGCUUUUUGUGCAUAUGGAACAUUUAUGAGAUAUUUUAAAUGAAACAUGGGACCAACACUUUACAUGUUGCGUUUAUAUUUUUGUUCAGUAUCUCUUGAUUGUGUA